AUGUCUAUAGAUGAAUCUGUUGGGAAUGACUUGGUUAAAUCAGCAUCUAUUUCAGGGAACUUUAUACCGCUUCCUCAAGCCAAAAAUGUUCCAGCUUUUCUGAAUAAAUUAUACAACAUGGUUUCUGAUUCUGCAUCAGAUACACUUAUAAAGUGGUCAGCGUCUGGGGAGUCUUUUUUAGUUCUUCGGCCAGAACAAGUAGCAAAGCAUAUUCUUCCUCGAUUUUUUAAGCAUCAUAAUUUUUCAAGUUUUGUUCGUCAGCUUAACAUGUACGGGUUUCAUAAAGUUCCCCAUCUGCAACAUGGAGUUCUUGAGUCUGAUUCUCCAAAUGAAAUUUUAGAAUUUUCUAAUCCUAAUUUUCUUCGUGAUCAGCCAGAUCUUCUCUGUUUAGUAACAAGGAAAAAAGGGCCUCAGCCUGGGGAAGACAACUCGCCUUUAGAUUACUCUGCUAUUAUAUCUGAAAUCCAAUCUAUUAAAAAACACCAAUUAACAAUUUCAUCGGAUUUAAAACGUAUUCAAAUGGAUAAUCAAGCGCUUUGGCAAGAGGCGUUAAAUUCAAGAGAAAAACAUCGUCAUCAUCAAGAAACAAUCGAUAAAAUUUUAAAAUUCCUGGUUUCUAUAUUUUCUCCAGAAAAAAGAAAUAUAGUUCAAAAAAGAAAACGCUUGUUGUUGGAAGAAAGGUCACUUCCUGAGCAAGAACAAAAAAGUCAAGGAAACUAUUCUAUAACUAAUCAUGAGAGCUUUUUUCCCUCUCAGGAAUUGCCAUCUAAUGAAGUUAUAUUGCCAUAUCUUAUAGAACAAGGCGUUUCGCAAAAUGAUGAAAAUCGAUUUACUUUACCUUAUUUAAAUACAUCGUCAUUAUUAACUCAUACAUUUCAUAUUUGCCCAAAAGAAAAUUCAACUAUAGAACAUCCAUAUUCAGAUAAUAUGCUCAGAAUUCAAGCGAAUGAUGAUCUUGCUAAAAAUAUACAAUUAGAUCUAAAUUCUCAGGGUGAAAAUCUGCAAUCACUUGCAAAUUUGUUAGGAAUGGAUAUUAAUCAAAUUAAUAUCGGGCUUCCUGUUGAAGAUAAUACUGAAAUUAUAAAAAAUAUCAAUGAUGAAAAUUAUUCACUAGAUUCAAAAAAGAAUUCAAUCGGGUAUUUUCCUAAUGAAGAACGUAAUUAUGAAAACGUCGACAUUGAUGAAUUUCUAAACCAGUAUGGCAAUGACUACAUUCUUGAUGAAAGCAACUCUAUUCACUCUAGUUCAUCUGCAAAAGAUGAUUCUACUGUGUUCCAGGAUACUACUGAGCUCAAGGAAGAUCUAAACAUGGGCAAAAAUCUUCUAAUAUGUGGUUCUAAGAGAAAACGCGACUACUAA